UGGAGCUUGGAGCAGAACUCUCUGAGACAUAUCAUGGCGUGGUGGCUAGAUUGGUGGGUGACAUUCUCUGUGACACUAUGUGUCUUGCACACAUCAGGUUUUGCUGCGGACUUACCUCCACCAUGUGAUAGCAAGAUCUAUUGCUCAGGAAACAUCCUUCAUCAUGUCCAGUUGGCCAAGAUUUUUGAUGACGAUAAACAUUUUGUUGACAUGGCUCUCAAGGAUACACCAGCCAAGAUAAAUAAGAAGUUUCAAAGUUUGCUUUUAAGUCGUCCUGUGGGGGAAGUGGAUCGGGACAAACUGAUAACAUUUGUCAACACAUCUUUUCAUCAUCCCGGAAUAGAAUUAUCACCAUGGAACCCCCCAGACUGGCAUGAAAGCCCUGAGUUUUUAUCUCGCAUUGCUGACUCAGACCUUCGUUCGUGGGCUACGGACCUUAAUGACCUAUGGAAGUCUUUGGGGAGGAAGAUCAGCGAAGACGUAAAGGUGCAGCCAGAUCGUUACUCACAGAUCUAUGUACCAAAUCCUGUUAUAGUACCAGGUGGUCGCUUCCGGGAGUUUUAUUACUGGGAUUCGUACUGGGUUAUUAAUGGACUUCUUCUCUCAGAAAUGAGUGACACGGCCAGAGGAAUGAUAGAAAACUUCCUGUAUAUGGUAGAUAGAUAUGGAAUGGUCCCCAAUGGGGGGAGAGUAUAUUACCUGCGCCGGAGCCAGCCCCCAUUCCUUACCUUAAUGAUGGAGAGCUACAUGACCAAAGAGAACAAUGUCACUUUUCUCAGAGAAAACAUCCCCCUCCUGGCAAAGGAGUAUGAUUUCUGGAUGCAGAACCGGAGUGUAUCAGUGACACUGGGCGGGAAGAACUAUACAAUGAAUCGUCAUUAUGUACCAGUAGGGGGACCAAGGCCGGAGUCUUAUUCUGUGGAUUAUGAGCUUGCUGAAAACCUCACAGCCGAAGCCAAGGAGUCUUUGUAUGCAGAGCUAAAAGCAGCUGCCGAGUCUGGUUGGGAUUUCUCUUCGCGCUGGUUCUAUGGGGCUACGGGCACGCUGUUGGACACGAACACCAGCCUGGUGGUUCCGGUGGACCUCAACUCCAUUUUGUGUCGUGUGGAGAGAACACUGGCCAGGUUCUAUACUCAACUAGGUAUGCCGGAGGAGGCGGCUAAAUAUUCCAGCGCUCUCCAACAUCGCCUGGAUGCUGUGCAGGCCGUUCUCUGGGACAAGGAACUAGGGGUCUGGCUGGACUUUAAUAUAGAGGAUAACCGCCACAAUCCCAACUUCUACCCCAGCAACUUGGCUCCACUUUGGGCAUCGUGUUACUCUGACACAGAGGUUGUGGACAAAGUAGUCUCCUAUUUAGAGGAAAGCACCGCAUUGUCCUACCUCAAUGGAAUCCCAACAUCUCUCAAUAACACUGGGCAGCAGUGGGAUUUCCCCAAUGGAUGGGCUCCUCUCCAACAUAUGGUGAUUGAAGGCUUGGAGCAGACACAAUCUUCGAAAGCAAAGGAAAUUGCCUUUAAAUUGGCCCAAAAGUGGGUGAAAGUCAAUUAUAAAGUCUACAAGACGUAUGAUGCCAUGUUUGAAAAGUACGAUGUGGAAGGUGAUGGCAAACCAGGUGGUGGGGGAGAAUAUGACGUACAGCUGGGCUUUGGAUGGAGCAAUGGCGUCAUAUUGCAGUUGUUGGACCGCUACGGAUCCCAUAUGACCAACUCUGCCAUCUGCACCUCGUUCUCCUGGACGGUUUUCACCCUGCCCUUAUUAUUCAUGACUGUAUGGGUAUAACCCCUCUAUUACCUCUUCCCUCAGCCCACACUGACAACCCUGUAUCUCUCCUAUAACCACCUAGUGUUACACUUUAUAUAUUUCUAUUCUUUUAAUUUCCAAUGAAUGUGUGCGUUACUGCCUCUGUGUAUAGUAUUCCUCCUAUUCUGCUUACUCCUGAUCAUUUAAUGUACCAAACUGGCCACUCUUGCUGGGUAUCCAGGCUCUAGGUCGACCAUCAUACUUCAGUCAUGUGCUAUGACUGCAAAAACGACACCAACAUUUUUUUCAAAAUGUUAUGUCAAACUUUUUUGUGUCAAUGUUUUGUCACUUCGACCCUUUCAGGCAUUGACCUUUUGAUCCUGUCGACCUUUCCUACUGUCGACCUCUUGCCAGGUCGACCUUUUGACACUCUCGACCUAAUGGUUGACCUAAUGACUGUAGACCUUUUCCCUGUAGAGCUGCUGAUCCAUACCCCUCUUGCUGUGUGCUCUGUAUUCACAUGCAGGAUGCAAUGUUAAGGCAAGAACACGGGUCAUUCAGGGGGACAUGUACUAAGC